AUGAGUAUUUCGUCGAUUGAUUUUCAAAUUCGUAUUUUACCUCAAAGAGCUUUGACCAGCUUCCUGAAAAUGCUUUUGGUCGUUUUGAGGAGUCAUCGCGAUUUUGAGCUCGUGCAAGCAUAUUUAGCAGCUUUCCUAAGAAUACAUCGGAAUAAGCUGUGGACCAGUGAUGCUGAAACGGAGAAUCUGGAGAAGACGCUCGAUGAAUUGAGAAAUGAAUUAAGGAGCAGCUGGGAAAGGAUGGAUCAGCUGUUGCUGGAUAAUGCAUCCAUGAUACAGUGGAUUAAAACAGCCCUGUUGUAA